CUGCACCCCGAGGCCAUCGCCGCCAUCCAGAGCAAGGUGCUGUUCAGCAAGGCCGAGGAGCAGCUGCUCCACAAAGUGGGCUCGAGCAGCCAGCCCACGCUGGACACCUUCCAGGAGCUGCUGCACAAGCACCCGGACGUGUUCUACCCGGCGCGCACGGCGCGGGCGCUGCAGCUGCACUGGCAGCUCAUGAAGCAGUACUACCUGCUGCACGACCAGAGCGUGCAGCAGCUGCCCAAGGGGGACCAGGUGCUGAACUUCUCGGACGCCGAGGACAUGCUGGAUGAUAACAAGCUCAAGGAUGUGCGGGACGAGGUGCUGGAACACGAGUUGACCGUGGCCGACCGGCGCCAGAAGCGGGAGAUCCGGCAGCUGGAGCAGGAGCUGCCCAAGUGGCAAGUUCUGGUCGACAGCAUCACAGGAAUGAGCUCCCCGGAUUUCGACAGCCAGACGCUGGCCGUGCUGCGGGGCCGCAUGGUUCGUUACCUCAUGCGCUCGCGGGAGAUCACGCUGGGCAGAGCCACCAAGGACAACCAGAUCGAUGUGGACCUGGCGCUGGAGGGGCCGGCCUGGAAGAUCUCCCGCAAACAGGGCAUCAUCAAGCUGAAGAACAACGGGGAUUUCUUCAUCGCUAACGAGGGCCGGCGCCCCAUCUACAUCGAUGGGCGCCCCGUGCUCGGGGGCAACAAGUGGAAGCUCAACAACAACUCGGUGGUGGAGAUCGCCAGCCUGCGCUUCGUCUUCCUCAUCAACCAGGACCUCAUCGCCCUCAUCAAGGCAGAGGCGGCCAAGAUGGCCCAGCAGUGACGGGGGGGCUGCCCUAGCCACGUCCC